AAGCUGUCAGCUCCGAAGGCAUCAGGCAGAAUGGGAAGAAGCCUGCGGGCGGCCAGAGCCACAGCCACGACUGCACCAACAGCAGCGGUCCCAGGCAAAGCAAACUCAGACCCGAAGUGACGACUGAGAUGGUGCGGUCCUCCAGCGUGAUGGCUUCAAACAAGGCUGCAAUCUUAUCGGAACCCAAGUUCGGACUGAGGGACACCAUCGUUAAAUCCCAGCUUGUGCAAAUGGAGGAUUCCUACACGCACAUCCAGAGCUUCAGGUUUUUUGUGGGGACGUACAACGUGAACGGGCAGUCGCCCCGAGAGAGCCUCCAGCCGUGGCUGCGCUGCGAUGCCGAGCCUCCGGACGUUUACUGCGUGGGUUUCCAGGAGCUUGAUCUGAGUAAAGAAGCCUUCUUUUUCAAUGACACACCGAAGGAGGAGGAAUGGUUUAAAGCUGUAACUGAUAGCCUUCACCCAGAUGCCAAAUAUGCCAAGGUGAAACUCGUGCGGCUCGUGGGAAUCAUGCUGCUGCUGUACGUGAGAGCAGACCUUGCUCUGAACAUCUCCGAGGUGGAGAUCGAGACUGUGGGAACUGGAAUCAUGGGGAGGAUGGGUAACAAAGGUGGUGUUGCCAUCAGGUUUAAAUUCCAUAACACCAGCGUGUGCGUUGUGAACUCUCACCUCGCGGCUCACACGGAGGAAUACGAGCGGAGGAACCAGGACUUCAGAGACAUCUGCUCUCGGAUGCAGUUCUGCCAGUCGGAUCCAAAUCUGCCCCCUCUCACCAUUGCCAAACACGACGUGAUCUUGUGGCUGGGGGACCUCAACUACCGGCUGGAGGAGCUGGAUGUGGCGCGAGUGAAGCAGCUCGUAGAUGAGAAGGCAUUUCCAGAGCUCUGCCAGUACGACCAGCUAAAGAGGCAAAUGAAUGCAAAUGCGGCCUUUGAAGGCUUUACAGAGGGAGAGAUUUCUUUCCAGCCAACGUACAAAUACGAUGCAGGCUGUGAUGACUGGGACACAAGUGAGAAGUGCCGCAUCCCCGCAUGGUGCGACCGCAUUCUCUGGAAGGGGCCGGGCAUCGCUCAGCUGAGCUACCGCAGCCACAUGGCUCUGAAGAUCAGUGACCACAAGCCCGUUAGUUCCGUGUUCGAUAUUGGGGUGAAGGUUGUGAACGAGGAGCUCUACCGAAAAGCCUUUGAGGAAAUCGUGCGCUCGCUGGACAAGCUGGAGAACGCCAACAUUCCCUCGGUGUCCUUGUCCCGCAGAGAGUUCCAUUUCGAGGACGUUAAGUACAUGCAGCUGCAGGUGGAGAGGUUUACGAUCCGCAAUGGCCCAGUGCCUUGCCAGUUUGAGUUCAUCAGCAAACCAGAUGAGGAAACCUACUGCAAGGAGUGGCUGACCGCUAAUCCCAGCAAGGGCUUCCUGCUGUCGGAUGCUGAAGUCACGAUCGAGCUGGAGGUGUUUGUUAAUAAAUCAACAGCUACGCACUUAAACUCCGGAGAGGAAAAACUUGAAGAUAUCUUGGUCUUGCACCUUAACAGGGGGAAGGACUAUUUUCUGUCUGUAACAGGAAACUACUUGCCAAGUUGCUUCGGGUCUCCCAUUCAUACGCUGUGUUACAUGAGGGAACCGAUCCAGGACAUGUCAGCAGAAUCCAUUCGGAAACUCACGCUGAUGCCGCUGGAAACGAACGGCGAUGCCGUCGAAGCUGAAAAGCCUCUGGACAUCCCCAAGGAGCUGUGGAUGAUGGUGGAUCACUUGUACCGCAACGCUGCCCAGCAGGAGGACCUGUUUCAGCAACCAGGCCUCAGAUCCGAAUUUGAGCAAAUCCGAGAUUGUUUGGACAAGGGAAUGCACGACACCCUCUUCGGCAGCAACCACUCGGUGGCGGAAGCGCUGCUGCUCUUCCUGGAGAGCCUCCCCGAGCCCGUCAUCUGCCACAGCUUCUACCGCAGCUGCCUGGAGUCUGCCCGCAGCUUCCAGCUCAGCAGCCAGAUCAUCUCUAACCUGCCAGAGUGCCAUAAAAAUGUAUUUGAAUAUCUAAUGGCAUUUCUACGAGAACUACUGAAAAAUUCAGGGAGAAACCAUUUGGAUGUGAAUAUUCUUGCCAGUAUAUUUGGGGGGUUGUUGCUUCGCCCUCCUCCUGGACAUCCCAUGCCCGAUAUCGGUGACAAGAGGAAAGCUCAGCAAUUUAUCCACCAGUUCCUCGUGAGAGAAGACAGUUUACCGUGAAUUCCCGAUGGCGGCUCGUCUGAUUUUUAGAUAUCAAAUUAGUGUAAAGAUA